AUGUCCCCCAAACGCGUCCUCAUAUCCUACGGUGUCGACGUCGAUGCCGUGGCUGGCUGGCUGGGCUCCUACGGCGGCGAGGACAGCCCCAAUGACAUCAGCCGGGGCAUCUGGGCCGCGACGGUCGGAACGGAGCGUCUGCUCAAGAUGUUUAAGAAAUACGAUAUUCGUACAACCUGGUUCAUAACCGGACAUAGUAUCGAAUCGUUUCCCGAAGACAUGGCGAGAGUUAGAGAUGCGGGACAUGAAAUUGGACUGCAUGGUUAUUCGCAUGAGAAUCCGGUGGAUAUGUCCCGGGAGCAGCAAAGGGAUGUUUUGAAGAAGACGGUUGACUUGUUGACGGAGUUCACGGGGAAGAAGCCGAGGGGGAGCGUUGCGCCUUGGUGGGAAACCGACGCGGAAGGCGUGGCGAUGCUUCGGGAAUAUGGCGUUGAAUAUGACCACAGUCUGAGCCAUCAUGACUGCCAGGCGUAUUACCUCCGCACAGGAGACCAAUGGACCAAGAUUGACUACACUCAGAAGGCAGAAACAUGGAUGAAGCCGCUGGUGCCGGGCAAGGUGACAGAUCUAGUCGAAAUCCCGGGAAAUUGGUACAUUGAUGAUUUGCCCCCGAUGAUGUUCAUCAAGUCGGCGCCAAAUAGUCAUGGGUUCGUGAACCCGCGAGAUGUUGAAGAUAUCUGGCGGGAUCAUUUCGAUUAUUUCUAUCGUGAGUACGAUCAGUUUGUGUUUCCGAUUUCCAUCCAUCCGGAUGUUUCGGGCAGGCCGCAGGUGAUUUUGAUGCAUGAACGACUUAUCGAGUAUUUCAAAUCGCAUGAUGGGGUGGAGUUUGUGACCAUGGAGGAGAUUUGUGAUGAUUUCAAAAGAAGGAAUCCGGCGCCUGUUGACUACAAGCACGGGCCUCGGCUAGCAUUGCCCUCUCCAGCUCAUCCUGGUCGCCGUAUGACCUGCCAUUCGUUCGACUCGCUAUGCCAGCGGCGUCCCCAAAAUGCGUGGGGGUGCCAGACGUCAGAUACUACUCUUUCCGAUAUAUCAGGCAUUCCCAUGGCUGUUGAGAGACGAGUUCCCAUCAACUUUAUUAUCGCGUUCAUCGUUCAUCGUUCAUCGUUCAUCAUGGCAGGGAAUAAGCCAAAUGUCGCGCACAAUGAGGAUCCCAUGAAGCCAGCGGAUAUCAACCAGAUACAAGAUAUUCGUGUACCCUUAACCGAAGAUGAUAACAAGCGGAUCCGAAGAAAGACCGACUCCAUCAUCCUGGUCAUCCUCUGCUGGACGUACCUGAUGCAGAUUCUUGACAAAUCUGUACUCGGCUACGGAGCAAACUUUGGUCUCAAAGAAGAUGCCAAUCUCACCGGGAACCAAUACUCCCUAGUCGGAUCGAUUGCUCCCAUCGCCCAGCUGGCCUGGCAGCCUUUCUCGUCCUAUCUGAUUGUCAAAGUACCCCAUCGCAUUCUCAUGCCCGUGCUGGCCGCGGGUUGGGGUAUCGCGCAAGCGGCUAUGGCAGCCUGUCACAGCUUCGAGGGCCUCAUGGCUACUCGCUUCUUGCUCGGUCUCUUUGAGGCGGGGUGUCUUCCCUUGUUUAGUAUCAUCACUAGCCAGUGGUAUCGUCGUGCAGAGCAGCCCUUGCGGGUGGCAGCUUGGUACAGUACCAAUGGGCUUGCGACUAUCCUCGCUGCGAUCCUAUCGUAUGGACUGGGGCAUGUGCAGUCUGGUCCUUUAAAUGAAUGGCAGUUACUGUUCCUCGUUUGCGGACUUAUCACCGUCAUCUCCACUCCUAUCAUGUACUGGAAGCUCGAUAACGACAUCCCCUCCGCCCGAUUCCUCGACGAACAAGAGAAACUACAAGCGAUGGAGCGUCUCCGCGCCAACCAGACCGGCAGCGGCAGCCGAGAAUUCAAAGCCUACCAAGUCGUCGAAGCCGGCCUGGAACCGAAGACCUACCUCUGGAUCGCGGCCGCGUUUCUCCUCAACGUAGGCGCAUCGGUAACCAACGUCUUCGGACCACUGAUCAUUUCGGGUCUCGGAUUCGACAAAUUCAAAACCACCCUGUUGAACAUGCCCUUCGGUGCGUUGCAGUUCAUCAUCAUUUUAUUUUCUAGCUGGCUGGCCCAGAAAGCCGCGUUGAAGUCCGUCGUCCUGGCCAGCUUCAUGCUUCCUGUUGUGGCGGGCCUCGCGAUCCUCUACGCGGUCCCUAGAGGAGGGAGCCAGCAAGGGGCCCUGAUGGCCGGGUACUAUCUCCUGUCGUUCCUGUUCGGAGGCAACCCGCUCAUCGUGACGUGGAUCGUCGGUAAUACUGCGGGUACGACCAAGAAAUCGAUCAUCAUGUCAUUCUUCAACGCUGCUGCUGCCGCAGGUAAUAUUGUUGGCCCGCUUCUCUUCAGCGACAACGAUGCACCGGCGUAUCUUCCCGGACUGCGUGCUUGUUUGGGGAUCUUUGUGGCGAUGGUGGCGGUUGUUUUUAUCCAGUGGGCGAAUCUGUGGGUGUUGAAUAAGAUGCAAGAGAAGCGACGAGUGAGGAACGGGAAGCCAGCGAAGAUUGUGGAUCGGUCGAUGCAGACGGGGUAUGAGGUUACUGAAGAUGUGGCGGAGGAGGCCGGAGAAGAGGGGACAGAACUGGGCAGAAAUGCCUUCAAUGAUCUGACGGACCGGGAGAAUGACGAAUUCGUCUAUAUUUAUUGA